GAAGAAGAAGAAGAAGAAGAAGUUGCCAGACUUUCAUUUUUGCAAGAGUUGAUUUUUUUCUGUAAUAUAAUUAAAAAUAUUGUAAAAAUUAGAAUGCAAAGAAGCAGAUUAUUCACAUUAUUCUUUACCACAAGUGCUGUGAUAGUUCUUUUUAAUUUGCACGUUGCAGAAGGAAUUCUGCGACGGUGCUACCAAUGUAGAUCUCGAGGUGAUCUUGGUAGUUGCAAAGAUCCCUUUCGCUUCAAUGCAACGCAAAUUGAAGAUGUGAGGGGCAUCACAGCCGUCCCAUGUGCAUCAGGAUGGUGUGGUAAGGUCAUCGAAGGAGCCAGCAGUUUUCGUGAAGAUGACUACGACAUUGCCACGCAACGGAUGUGCGUCCAGCGAGGUCCUUCAGACUCCGAGGAUCGAUGUGCGUACACUGUUUUCAAUCACAAGAAGGUCUUCAUGUGCUUCUGCCAGGGAGAUUUGUGCAAUUCCGCCCCCAGAAGGCAUCAAAACUUCCACUUUAUCUUCUCAAUUGCAAUCCUCAUUGCUCUCCUUUCGAGUUACCGCAACAGAUAAUACGCACACGCACCAUUGUUAGCAGCAAUGCAUGACUAAAGAUUAAAUUAAAAAGGGUUUAAUUUUGCUAGAACAUUUUGUACUUUAUUACAUUGGAUUACGGCUAAGAACAUCUAUUGAUAUAAACUAAAAAAAAAAAAAACUAAACAGUCCUCCUACAUAAAUAUCAGUUGUCUUGGCCCAAGAUUUUCUGGGAUUUCAUGAGCAAAUUGAGUUUUUUUUUAAAUGAUUAAAACUGCCUCAUCUUCUUCACCUUUUGGAGAGCCAUUAUCUUCCUCUCUUUCAACCAAUGCAAAAUAUUUUUUAAAGAAAUUUCCAAAAGACUUUUUUUUUAUUGAGUAUUUCAUUAAAUUUAUUAAUUUUUGGUUCAACAGGCCUAAAUUAAAUUAAAGAAUAAUAAAAGAAAUGAAAUAUGGGA